CAUGUUCUAUCUCUCUGCUUUUACUACUACUUAAGGAGUCGAUAAUCUUGAUUAACUAAAGAAAUUUCAUAUUCAAUGAACCGAAAUAUCAAUGAUACGAAGAAAGAUAUUUUGUAAUUUCUUUUACGUUUUGAAGGAUUAAACCUAAAAUUUAUGCGCAAUGUGAUACCAUAAUCACUAGAUAAGAUGAUUUAAAUUUUACCUGCGUGGCAAGUAACAAGUGGCAAAUGAGUUUAGUAGUCACUUACUGUGCCUGAUACGGAAACGCGAAAAUGGCGGAAGGCUCCGAACUGCUGUAUUUUGAUCUUAGACUAGUUCACGACCAUUUUGAUCGAGCGCUCUUACAAGAUGACGAUAUUGACCUUAGAGCCUAUUUGGAUGCCUACAAUGAACUUUACAAAUUUUUCCAAUUGAUGGGCAGUGUUUUUGGCUUUGUAUCCUCUGACUUGAAGGAAAAGAUCCAGGUAUUGAAUGAUUUAAUGAACAAAGACGACCGGAAUUAUACCACGAUAAAAUCUAUGAUAGAAUAUGAGAAAGAAAACAAGAUUCUGGACAAAGGAGAUCACUCAAAUGGUGCUCGUACGCUGUUAAGACUUCAUAGAGGAUUAGAUUUUAUUAGAGAGUUUUUAAGACAAUUGGGAGAAUUGUCGGACAGUGAUAAGACAUCCAGCUGUUGCCAGGAUGCUUACAAUAAAACAUUAGCUAAGCACCAUCCAUGGGUAGUCAGAAAGGCAGCGGUAGUCGCCAUGUAUACAAUGCCUACCAGAGAAUUAUUAUUCAGAAAGGUCUGUGGUUCAGACGUUCAAAGAAACGUCGAUGUUUUGCCAAAAAUGUUGGAGGUAACCACUGAUGUAUUCAAUCGAACACAUAAUUUGUACGAUAUCCAUCAACUUCACAGUCUACCAUAAAAGUGCAUUUAGGAUACGUAUAAUAUUGCACCCACUUCUUGUUGUUCGAGAAAGUAUACAACACAAACAUUCCACAUCCAAGAUGUGAUACAUUGCCAAUCCCAUACAUUGAAUAGCAACUAUAUCGAUGUCUUUUGUGAUAUUCCUUUACUUAUUAUUAUACACGAUCGCAUUUAUGAUCACCGAAAAUGUACAAAAUGCACUAGCUUAGGUUUCCAUGUUAAUCGUACUACAUCAUUUUUUUCAAAACUUACUUAGAAUGAUUUAUAAGAACUCGAUGUAGCCGCCCGGAGUUAUUUGUCGAUAUUAAUAUUUAUGUUAUAAUAUAACAUUGUGCAAUAAUAUCAGUUAAGUCUGUCGAGGAAA